AUGGUGACCGAAUUAGCUGAAGAGUAUUGCCUGCCAUUGAAGAUGACGCAAACACCUGAUUUGGGCUUUCAUGCCACUUACUUUCUACCGAAAAAAGUAGUUUUCAAAAAAGAUGAUGUUCCUGACAUAUUUACUGAGGUGAAACAUAAAAACAGGACAGUACAUUUGCUUACCGACGAGAUGUUUAAUUUGAACGUGAGGAUAAAUAGAGCUAUGGAAGAAAUUCAACUUAUUACAAACGUGGUAAUCUACGACCUGGUGGAGUCCCUGAAGGGAGGCAUGAGCUACCUGUACAGGCUUUGCGACCGAGUGGCCGAACUCGACCUAUUAUCUUCCCUUGCGCAAGCGUCCUCGACUACGGACUACAUCAGGCCAGUCUUCGGCAGUCAGAUCAGUCUUGUCGGUGCGCGGCAUCCAAUCUUGGAUCAUCUGUGUCGAACCAAGCCGAUUCCCAACAAUUUCAAUGCCUCAAGAAGCAGCAACUUCGCGAUCAUCACAGGUCCUAAUAUGAGCGGGAAAACUGUCUACGUACUAACAGUACCAUUGAUCCAGAUCAUGGCUCAGGUCGGGUGUUAUGUUCCCGCCGACAAAGCAGAACUGCGAAUCACGGAUCAUAUUUAUGUCAGGAAAGGAACUGUGGAUAACAUGCAGAGCAGGCUUUCUUCUCAUGGAUCAGAGAUAAAAGAAUUAUGUUAUACCUUAAAGACACUGACUGGAAGAAGUCUAAUAAUUCUAGAUGAGUUAUGCACAAGCUGUUCAUGUCAAAAAGGAAUCUGCUUAGCGUGGGCCUUUUCCGAAGAGUUUUUGAAAACAUCUUGUUUUACUUUCCUGACAACACAUUAUCAUUAUCUUUGUAACCUGUCAAAGGUGUAUAAAAAUGUUAAAAACUUUCAUAUGGAGGCCAUUGAGAAAACGCCUAACGCUGGAGAAUCUUACUGGGAUCUGACUUUCACAUUCAGGCUUCUUCCUGGAAAGACCAAGAUGACUGAUUACGCACUUCGGCUGAUGAUGGCUUCCGCAUUACCAGACGAAGUGAAGCAGUACGCUUUAGCCGUGGCGAAGGAUAUAGCUCAGAGGAGAGAAAACAGUUUACCAGUCUGUGUAGUGGACGAUCCAGACACGGUUAAGGAAUUAGCGAAAAUUGAAAAGGUUGAAAACUUCAUGUCUAACCUCAAAGCUCUGUGUAUGACAGACAAGUUUACGCCUAAGUUGUUUCGAAGUUUGCAGAAGAUGAUUCGAGAAGAGAUUCUACCUGAUAUGAGAAGUGACGAUGAAAUUAGUUUGGAAGGAACAGACGAAACCCUUUCAACUCCUAAACAACAAACUGCAGUUUCACCUGAACCACAGAAUGUAGUUGAUGAAGCCGUCAAUGAGUACUUACAGGGAGAGGUGGAGGAUCAGGCACUGGAAAGAAAUAAAAACCUCCCGGGCUCAGGAGUCGAAGAAUCUCCAGCGCGCAGUAAAUUUCCUUCAGCAGAUAAUAUGGACAUGAAUGAGAAUAUGACAUAUUCAUUGAAUGAACGAACAGAAAACUGUAAUGCCAUAUUCUCUAAUCCUAGACAGCAAGAACUUCGUGAAGCAGAGGAUGAAGAUCAUUACAAUAUUAAUGUGAUGUAUUCAAACCUUGAUGAACUAAAACAUUCAACACCAAAGAACGCUAGGUAUGUUCCAAGUGAAGAAAAUGUGGAAUCAGGUAACGAAGAAGACGAUGCUGUCUUAUAUUCUGGAAUGGAGGAAUCGAAAGAUCCGAAUUAUAACCAAAUUGAAACAUAUGAAGAACAAAAUGACGACGUUCUUUAUCCAGGAAGGAACGAAUCACAAAAUGUUAUAGAUUUAAAUGGCAUGCCUUUCCCACCUGAAAAUCAGAUUGAACACAAUGAAGAAGAAGCGAACUAUGACACUGAAUAUUUAGAGCAGCAUACUCCGCAGAAUAUUAUAAUAAAUAACAGAACGGAUGAGGCCCAAUUUUUAGGUGCCUUUUCGAAUGAAAGUGCGCAUUCUUCAGGUGUGAAAAGAACUGAAGAAUCGAAGGGUAUUGUCCAAUUCGAAGCUUCACAAGAACUUCCAAACAUCUUCUCUAUCGAACAUUUCACGGAUUCUGAUGAAGAUUUUAAAGAUUGUGAAGAAAGCAGUGAAUUGAAUGACAGUAGUUCUUCAUCAUCCGAAGGAUCAUAUUACAUCAACAAUAAUUUAUCGUAGAUUUUAGUUUUAAUUUUAGAAUGUUAAUAUGUUCCUUUCCCUGUAAAAUAAGAUUUAGCGUAAAGUUAUUCUUUAACCAGUCCCUAAUGAAUAUCUUAUUAAAACUUAAACUUAUUUAGG